UUCCAUCAUGCCUAAUUCCUCUCUCCUUCCUCUCUCCACUUUCUUCAUCAUCUUCUUCUUUGUAUCAGCGGCCGAUUCGUUUGAUGCAAGUUGCAAACCAAGCAUGUGCGGCGACACUAACAUCAGCUAUCCAUUUUGGAAACUCGAUUCUCCCGCUGUUGCCGCCGGCGGCGGUGUUUUCCAUUGCGGUUAUCCAGGUUUUGGAGUUGAUUGUUCUUCCGAUAACAGAGUACUCUGGAAUCUAUCGCGCGAAACCUACUUCGUUGAAAAUAUCAAUUACACCGAUUACACCUUCAGACUAAUAGAUGCAGAUCUCAGUCAAACAUGCCCUAGGGCUCGUCAGAACGUCUCAAUUGAAAAACUGCCUUUGGAAUUCCCGAGGUCAAAUCUGAAUCUGACUUUCUACUUUAAUUGUAGCGGCAGAGGCGGUUUGAUGAACGAAUUGAAUGAUGAUAUAGAGUGUAUGCGAUUCAAUGAGAAGAAGUCAUUUGUAUUUGUGAAAGGGGAGGAACCAGGUAUCAUUAUCAGAGGUAUGGAAUGCGAUGAGGUUGUGGAAGUGACGGUGGUGGACGGAGAGAUCGAUCAGUCUGGUAAUUUGAGAGGAAGAUUUGCGGAUGCGAUGAACAAAGGAUUCGAUCUGAACUGGAAACAUCUGGCGGAUUGUGCCUUGUGCGAAGAAUCAGAUGGGCAAUGCGGGAUGAAUAAGAUUAAUGAUGGAACAGAGAAUUUCUUGUGUCUUUGCAAAAACAACUCAACCCAUCCUUCUACCUGCCAACCAGGGAAAAAAAGGGAUAAAAAAUUGAAGGUUAUUAUCGGAGUUAGCACGUCAAUAGGUACCCUUCUUAUUGUGGGUCUUGCAUUCAUCCUCCAUCGACACUACAAGAAGACACGAUAUUCUUCAACUAAUUCGUCAUGGAUAACCUCUUACGCCUCUUCAUCGAAAACUCGAGAUCUCGAAAACGCGAGCAACUACUACGGGGUCCAACUCUUCACCUAUUCCGAUCUCGAAAAAGCCACCAACCAUUUUGAUUCCAAGAAACAACUCGGAGACGGAGGCUUCGGCUCGGUGUACCUAGGUAAACUCCGCGACGGCCGUCAAGUGGCCGUCAAGAGACUAUACGAAAACAACUAUAGAAGAGUCGAACAAUUCAUAAAUGAAGUCGAGAUCCUCGCUCGUAUCCGCCACCAAAACCUCGUAACACUCUACGGUUGCACCUCAUACAAAUGCCAAGUCCUUCUCCUCGUAUACGAAUACAUUCAAAACGGAACCUUAGCCGAUCACCUCCACAAACCUGGCUCACUCUCGUGGACCACGCGAAUGAGCAUUGCGGUCGAGACAGCAAACGCGCUCGCGUAUCUCCAUGCCUCGGAAGUAGUCCACCGAGACGUGAAAACAAAUAACAUCCUCCUUGAUCAAAACUUCUCCGUUAAAGUCGCGGAUUUUGGCCUCUCUCGACUUUUCCCAACCGACGUCACCCAUGUCUCAACCGCCCCUCAAGGUACCCCUGGAUACGUCGAUCCGGAGUACCAUCAGUGUUACCAACUAACAAACAAGAGCGAUGUUUAUAGUUUUGGAGUAGUUCUCGUGGAGUUGAUAUCGUCUAAGCCAGCAGUGGACAUAACAAGACAUAGACACGAGAUUAACCUCUCCGCUAUGGCAAUUAACAAGAUACAAGGUAAGGCUUUGCACGAGCUGGUGGAUGUAACGCUCGGAUUCGAGUCCGAUUAUAAGGUGAUGACGAUGAUUACUAGGGUCGCCGAGUUAGCGUUUAUGUGUCUGCAAGACUCGAGAGACUUGAGGCCGACUAUGGAUGAGGUGGUGAGUGUUUUGGUCGAGAUUCAAAGAGACGGAUUCGAUAGAAAGGAAGAGGCGGAUGAGUUGGAUAUAUUGGAAGAUGACGAUACUUUUCCGCUAAAGAGCGAUCCUCCAACUAUGUCUCCGAAGUCUGUAACUGUCGAAUGGAUUAGCGAGUCGUCGACGAGUCACUAACCCUAAACCCGAGUGUCAAAAUUUGGUGUAAAAAAAAUCAAGCAUGCAUGCAUGAAUGAUUUAUCUUUGAGAUUUUUUUCAAUAGGAUUUAUGUACAUUUGCUAGAAUGGUUUAUUUCUUACUAUUAUAUAAUAAUUAUUUUAUGAAUAUUUGAUUCAUAAAUUAAGCUUAUAUAUGCAA